AUGAAGUUCAAUCUUGCGCUAGUUAGUUUAGUAACUACAAUUUUGGGCAUUGGGCUUGAAGGAUGCCAUUGCAAAGUUGUGCAGUACAUUUUUGGAGACUCCCUCUCGGAUGUUGGAAAUAACAUGCAUCUCUCUAGAAGCCUUGCUCAAGCAAGCUUGCCUUGGUAUGGUAUAGACAUGGGUAAUGGGUUACCUAAUGGAAGGUUCACUAAUGGUCGCACAGUCGCUGACAUAAUAGGUGACAAAUUGGGCCUCCCUAGGCCCCCUGCGUUUCUAGACCCAUCAUUAAGUGAAGAAGUUAUACUAGAAAAUGGUGUGAACUAUGCUUCCGGUGGAGGUGGCAUCUUGAAUGAAACUGGCGCCUAUUUUAUCCAAAGGUUUUCUUUAGACAAACAAAUUGAGCUGUUUCAGGGGACACAAAAACUAAUUAGAGGCAAAAUUGGAAAAAGGGAAGCAGACAAGUUUUUCCAGGAAGCUAAUUAUGUUGUUGCUUUGGGGAGCAAUGACUUCAUAAACAACUACUUGAUGCCUGUUUACAGGGACUCAUGGACAUACAAUGAUGAAACCUUCAUGGACUACUUGAUAGGAACAUUACAAAGACAACUGAAGUUACUUCAUAGUUUGGGUGCAAGACAACUGGUGGUUUUUGGAUUGGGUCCAAUGGGCUGCAUUCCCCUUCAAAGGGUGCUUAGUACAACUGGGAAUUGUCGAGAAAAAGCAAACAAGCUGGCUCUUAACUUUAACAAAGCUGCAAGCAAGUUAGUAGAUGACUUGGUGAAGCAUCUUCCUCAUUCAAGAUAUAGAUUUGGAGAUGCAUAUGAUGUUGUUAAUGAUGUAAUCAGUAAUCCAAUGAAGUAUGGAUUCCAAAACUCAGACUCCCCCUGUUGUUCCUUUUGGAAUAUUCGACCUGCCCUUACAUGCGUACCUGCAUCAAGUCUGUGCAAAGAUAGAAGCAAAUAUGUAUUUUGGGAUGAGUACCACCCCACAGACAGUGCUAAUGAGCUCAUUGCAAAUGAGCUCAUCAAGAAAUUUGGAUUUUUACAAGCUGAUCAAGGGGGUGCUCCUUCACCAGCUCCUGCUGUUGCUCCAUCCCCAGAAGGCUAAUUAUUCAAGGUUUUGUUGUCUAACGCUGGAAAUGGAAUUGCUCAUUAUUUGUGGAAGCAAGUAUCUUCAUGUUUCAUGAA